UGAGUUGUUUCGUGAACCUUUCGAGGGGCGGAGGCGCUGUGCGUUGAGCGAACUGUUUCGUUUUAAUUCAAUUACCAAAAAAUAUUACUAUAAAAGUAUUAGUUUUCUGUGUGUGAUUUAAAUAAAAUCAGGCUCUAUAAAGAUGAGUGAAAAUAACGAAAACAAAAAAGAAAUUCGUGUGUGGUGCGAUGGGUGUUAUGAUAUGGUGCAUUUCGGGCACGCAAAUUCGCUGAGGCAGGCUAAAGCUCUGGGCGAUGUUCUGAUUGUGGGAGUGCACACAGAUGAAGAGAUCUCGAAGCACAAGGGUCCCCCAGUGUUCACACAAGAGGAGCGCUACAAAAUGGUGCGUGCCAUCAAGUGGGUUGACCAGGUGGUGGAGGGUGCUCCCUAUGUGACCACACUUGAGACUCUGGACAAGUAUCAGUGUGAUUUUUGUGUGCAUGGAGAUGAUAUAACAGUGACUGCAGAUGGAAUAGAUACGUAUCACUUAGUGAAAAAAGCCGGCCGUUAUAGGGAAGUGCAGAGGACGGCUGGCGUGUCUACCACAGACCUAGUUGGGCGCAUGCUACUUCUUACGAGAGAACAUUUCAAGAGAGGUGACAAAGAGUACUCCGUAGCAUUGGAGCACUCAUCUAACCUGGGGACUGACUCAACGGCCCGGUCUCCUUACACUGGCUGCUCACAAUUCUUGCCCACCACGCAGAAGAUCAUACAGUUCAGCAGUGGAUUGUCGCCGAAACCCACCGAUAAGGUUGUUUACGUAGCUGGCGCCUUCGAUCUCUUCCACGUUGGCCACCUGGACUUCUUAGAGGCUGCACAUGCACAAGGCGACUUCCUCAUUGUAGGCCUGCAUACUGAUCUCGAAGUGAACCGCUACAAGGGGUCUAACUACCCAAUCAUGAACUUACAUGAACGGGUGCUGUCAGUACUUGCCUGUAAGUAUGUUCAUGAAGUUGUGAUCGGAGCACCGUACAGCGUGACAGCUGAUCUCAUGGACCACUUCCGCGUGAAGGUGGUGUGUCACGGACUGACCACGAUAGCGACUGAUUCAGAUGGCUCCGAUCCUUACAAAGUGCCUAAACAGCGCGGCUGCUUUAAGAUAAUAAAUUCUGGCAACACCAUGACAACAGAAGACAUCGUGCAACGAAUAAUACGCCAUCGUCUUGAAUUUGAGGUCCGCAACACACGGAAAGAGCAAAAAGAGCUGGCCAUAUCGAAAGCUUUGAAAAAAGAUCAGCAUGUUAAACAAAACGGCAAUUGUGAAAUUGCCAACACUAGCUAAAGAUGAGAGCUGUGAAGUUUACUCUAUUUACCAAAUAUAUUUGUGUUAGUUUGUGCUAUUUAGGUGUAGAUUCGAGAAUAAACCAGUUCACUAUUGUUAGUGCGAAGUCCCCACUGUCUCAAAGGACAAUCAUUGUUGAUGACAUUUAGUUCAUCUAUUUAGGAAAUAUUUUUCUCUGGUUCCGCAGUAGGACCGAUUAGGAAUUAUAAUUUAAUAAUUUAUUUCCAUAUUCGAUUUGAUGUGAUGAUUCUAAUAUUUUAUUUAUUCUGUAUUGCUUAUUCUUCAAAUACUUAUAAUCAAUUGAAACAUGAUUUUUUUCACUAACUCUAUUAAACAAUUUAUUUUUAGCCAUUAUUACUCUGUAAAUACUUUUUAUGGGUCAGUUAAUAGUUUUAAUGAAAUUCCAGUGUUUGCCCGCCUAUUAAUUACAACAUACUUAUACUAUAAUGAAUUAGUUUUUAAAAUAGGUUGUAUCAAACAUAGCAAAUAUUUGAUUGUAUUUAUGUUUUCGCCGAGUUAAUUUUAAAAUAAAUUAUUAUUUGCUACAGCAAAGGCUAGCACAUCAGAUGCUGUUAAUUACAAUUAUUUCUAAGUUGCAGUGAACUAAUAUCAAACGUUAACUUAAAUUCGAUGUUUCGGUAGUCGAGCAUGAAUUACAUAUUAAUUAUCAAUUAUAAUAGUUAGGUAUAAAAUUGUAAUCUUGGACUCAUAUUUCCAUACAGCUUGGCAAACAUAGUUGAGGAAUUGAAUUUUCUGUCUGAAAAAAUAUUUUAUGUAGAAAUGUUCCUGCAAAGGUUUAGAAAAGGCUUAUUAUUUUAGUAAUAUUAAAAAAACAACAGGUUAUUUUAUUACAAUCUUUGGAAGAAAAUACAUACGUAGUACAGUAAGGUUAGCAAAAUAAUAAAAUAGCCCGUAAAAUUACUGUCGUUUUGCCUAGUUGUAAAUUAAUUGCAUUUGUUUAUGGUCCAACUGUCUUUAAAUGUAAAUCGAUUUUAAUAUUUAUUACGAAAUAUUACAAUGCGCAGUAUACAGUCGGUACAUUUAUUAUGAUUUAUUUAUUAAUGUUAUGAAUCAAUAUUGUGGCAUCGUUCAGAGGUGUAUUUACAAUUUAUUGUUAUUUCCUAAGUUAGAAAAUUAAUUAUAAUUUGACGUUAUGUACAAAUUGUUUUUGUUGAUAUGUUUUAUUUCUGUUACGAAAUCUAAUCUAAUUUACGUCAUUAGACGCGAGUUUUAAUAGCUCUCUUAAUGUUUUUUUUUUUUGAGAAUACAAGGUUAAAUGAAAUUGGCGCAAUAAUUAAGUAGACUUAAAUCUACAAUCUGUAUCGAUAAUAAAUAAUGUUUACGAGAAUAAAACACGUUCUAUUUCAAUAAAGUUGUAUGAAGAUAAAAA